AUGGUAUUCUAUGAAUCCUACCUGUUAAUUUCAAAGAGAGCAAACCCCGAAGAAAUAGCUUCUAUUGUAACAAAUAUCUCAAAACUGGCGACAAGUCAUCAUGGGCUCAUAUUAAGAACACAGGAUCUAGGUUUUAGAUAUACAUCUCACAGGGUCACCAAGUCACGAGUUGGUCUAUUCUGGUACGGAAGAUAUUUUUAUGUUGCCAUAGCUGCAAACCCUAGGAUAAUACCAAACCUACACAAAUUAUAUAAUUCAAACGCCUCAAUACUGAGACACAAUACCCAGAGAAUGCUCUACCGCACCAAUCUAAUUACAAGUCCAUAUACCCACCUCUAUGAGGAAACAUAA